AUGACCAAUUUCCUCAUUGGUAACAAUUCAAAGAGGAAAAUUGUAACCAUUACUGACCAAACAGGUUUAGUAGAACUAAAGCUAUGGGGACAGGAAAUGAUCGACAAGAUCAAAGAAGAAGGAACCUGUGUAGAAGUGAAAUGUGUGACUGUGGAACACUACAACACAAAAACCUCCCUGAACAGCAACAUGUCGACACGAAUUGUGCGAGGUGAAAUUAUUGAAGGUGACACGUCUUCGAUAUUUGUUGGACGUAACAACCUAUGGGAAGACACAAACUCGGAGGUUAAAUUGCUUUCCAAUAUUCGAUUUCCGCUAGAAGUGAACUUUUACGGGGAGCAGAGUGAGGACUUAGGUGGUCCUAGAAAGGAAUUUUUACGACUGGUUCUGGCCUACUUGAAGUCCUCCAUUUUGGAACCAGGAGUACCAGUCAAACUCCGACGAAACGGUGCUCUCAUUGAAAAUCAAAGCUAUUAUUCUGCAGGAGUAAUUGUAGGUCUCAGUGCCCUUCAAAAUGGGCCAUGCGCAAAUUUCCUGGGAUCUCUUAUGGACAACUGGCCACAGUCGGAGCCAGAAGAGUAUGCCCUGUUCAGGAAAGGACUCGAAAGAGUAGGACUAUGGCAGCUCAUCAGACAGAAACCGUCCUUGUUAUAUCUCUUCCGAGAGCAAGGUGUAAGACUUAGUGUUUCUAAGUUUGUAAACACUUUAAAGCCACGCUUCAGCGAGGAUGGAACCAACAAAAGGUCCAAGAGAAGAGAGUAUACUCUUUCUUCAUUAGAUUCAUAAGAAAUGUUGCAGCUGGAAGACAAGGAAGCUUAACGCUUGGCCAUAUUUUGGCUUUUGCAACAGGUUCUGAAGAGGAACCAGUUCUUGGUUUCGAAAUUGAACCAAGUAUCCUCUUCAGUGAACUCUCAGGCGACCUGCCAACUGCAUCAACCUGUAUCAAUCAACUAAUUCUUCCGUUGUCAGAUAAAAGUGAGGAAUACAGGAUAGACAGAUUCAUGUGGGCAUUCUCAAAUAUCUACUUUGGACUCCAAUAACAUUGAUUGGAAAAAAAGUUCUUUUGUUACUGACAGUGUAUUUCUGUAUUAUUUUCCAGUUUUCAUUGGUUGAUUAAUGGAUUUUUCGUUUGUACAGACACGUUUUAUGGAAAACGUAGCAUUGUUGUCAAAUAUCUUAUAUUUUUUUCUCAAUUGACUUGGAAUUUUGGACUACAAUGUAAACCUUUUCUAAUAAGACAGAGAAAAAGAUUCAAAAUUGAUAUGGAUAAGAUUUUCAGUUGUAUAUGUAAUAUAAGCAAAAGUUAACCAUUUUUUUUAGUAUUUGAACACAAUCAAAAGUCACAUACUCAGUGAUUGCGAGAUAUGUAAUCGUAGGUUGUUUCUUUCGUUUGUUAUUGAGCCUUCUUUAUAGUUUUACUUUGAUUAAAUAAAGAAGAAAAUGGUAAAUGUCAACAUAAUCAUUCUUUUAAUUGACAAUAUUGAUGCAAGGCUUCUUUCCAUUCCACGGCGUCUGUCCAAUUAUUUGACAGAAACAUUUGAUGAGGAAAUAUAUCAAAUUCAUCAGAUCCACUUCUGCUGAUAGGGUGUUGAAAAGUCUGUAGCCAUGCCUCAUCUUCUUCUGUCGUUUUGGUCACACAAUCAGU